GAGAGAGAUGCUGGCGAUGUGACGGCGCUGCACUGGGCAGCUAUCAAUGCUCACGUGGAGGCGUGCGAGUGGUUGAUUGAUCACGGUGCCGUCGUCGAUGCCGUGGGCGGAGAGCUCAAAGCAACUCCACUACAUUGGGCAGCCAGAAACGGACACCUCUACGUGAUCCAACUCCUACUAUCGAGAUCCGCAAACCCAGAACUU